CUUUAUGAUUCCUAGAAAUGAAUGGCCUUCCUAUAUGGUAAAAUGGUUCCUGUACAGUAGAAGCCUUAACUUCAAACUGGUUUGUAGGAUCAUUAUGACAGGUAAUAAAGAAACUAAACAAUACUACUUGGAUUUAUAAGAGUACAUCAGUCUAUGCCGUCGCCAUUUUCAUCUAAGAGUCUAAGAAGGAUUGCUGUGAGUUAUCUCUAGAUGGAAGUCUCAUCGAUAGUUUGAUACAUCUGAGCAAAAAGCAAUUGGAUGAAUUAUGGGAUGGUGUUCUUAAUCUCAGCAUGUCUCGGCUCUUAAACAAAGAACUUGAAACAAAUGGAGCUGAACUUGAUGAAAUGUAUGAAAUUAUGCAUUGCAUAACAGUUCUUGCAUCAUCAACUAUUAAAGCUAUGAUACAAAGUGGAAAAGAUGGAAAUAACAAUAAAGAAGACCUUGUAGUACCACAGUCACUUCAAGAGAUAGCUAUUAUUCUUCAUGGAAUUCUGCCUACACUUACACAAUAUGAAAGCAAGCUAAAAGAUGAAUUGUCCCAUUUGUUCGAGCUGUGUUGGAUAAAUCAAAUACCAGGCAGGGAAGAAUUAAUGGCCAAUACUAUUAUUUAUCUGCUCUCUAAAAGCACACAUGCCAAGUCUACUCAAUCUGAUGUAUCUCGUGUUUAUGGAGUUCACCAAGUUCUGUCAGCUGUUGACUUAUGUAGUGAAAAUGCAUCUGUUUUGUCUGCAUUACUUUUGCAGUGCAUUUAUCACCCUCAGUUUGUUACUUCAUCAGUGGGAAUAAAGUUUUUAUCCUUUCUGUUCACCCUGAAUUUAGAAUUCACAGAGAAAUUGCAUCAGAGCAUCAAGAAUCAUUUACCCAAUACUCCAAGAACAUGGCACCCAAAGUUUGGGGAAAUCUACUUUAGAGCAUGGCAAAGAACUUCUGAUCUUUUUCGUGAGAAAAUAGAAGUGUAUUGCAUUCAAGACUUGAUGUACAGAACAGUGCAUUCACAAAGAGGACAUAACAGCCCAAUUUUCAACACUCUUUUCAAGGUACUAAGUUUCAUCCAUAAAGAAAAAACACAGAGGGGUGUAGAGGCUAUGUUAACUAAGUUGUAUGAACCUAUACUUUGGAGAUCCCUACUGGUUACUAACAGUGAUGUAAGAGCAAAUGCUGCAGCUCUUAUGUUUGAUGUUUUCCCUCUACAAGAUCCAGCAUUACACAAUGAACAGGCAGAUACAGCCUUACAGAGGCAGUUUGAUUUAAUGCACAGUCUGUUAGCAGAUCCUGUAGCAGAAAUUCGUCUGAUAGCAGUCAAAGGUGUUGGUCAGGUUCUGAAAAUCUAUUGGGAACUAAUCCCUGCCCAGGUUAUCCAGUGUCUUAUUACAACUUUAGUGCAGGAUCUUGCUUAUGAUUGUUCAUCUCCUCUAAUCAGGGAAGCUGUCAUUAAGGUUCUGCUUCACCUAUGUGACAAUCAUUUGUGCAUUCCUCUAUUAAAGACCAUCCUUCCAGAACUUGGCAACUUUGUGCAUGAUGUAUCUGAGAAAGUGAGGAUAGCCAUGUUUGAUAUCUUGCUGAAGAUCAAAGGUCUAAGAGCUAUCAAGUUUUGGAAUGUCGUAUCACUGGAGCAUAUUUUAAGCAGACUUGAAACUGAUACUGCACCAGUUGUAAAACGAAUCAUGAAGUUAAUUGGCCCCUCUUUCUUGCCAGUGGAUUGCACACCAGCUGAACAAGUAGAGAGAUGCAUUACUCUGAUCAAAACCAACCAGGGUGCAGCCAGACAAUUUUUCAUGCAUGUUUCUCAAUUCUUCAGUCUAGAAGAUGUUGUCAAGUACAUUGUUAUAUUAUGCCGCUAUAUUUUAGAAAGUGCACGCCAAAUUAAAGGAACCAAUAGUGCUAGUAGAAAUGAAGAAAAUGAAAACAUUAAUGAUAAAGAAGAAGCAACAAGCAAUAAAAAGGCAAAAAAAGAUACACGAUCAAAAAGCACAAACAAGUGCAAAGAGUCAGAGAAAGAUAAAGAUAGUUCUACUGAAGAUGCCAGUCUGGAGAGCAAUGACAGCCAAGUUUUUUGUGGAAUGGUUGAAGCUAUUUAUUUAAUGUUCAUCUCUAUCUCAGAAGAGAUCAGCUCAGCUGAAAACCAACAAAUGAAAGAAAGUCUGGCGAAGAAACUGAGUGUUACUGUAAGAGAACUAAUGGCAGUGUCACAGGAUCCUGAUCUAGACACAGCCUUGAUAGCUCUGGCCGGUCACCUGCCACCUAAAGCCUUGCCUCUUGUCAGCCAGAACCUGCUCAAUAGACUUCGAAGAGGCUGUCAGUCAGGAAAGAUGUUAGACACAGCUUCAAUCAUUAAAACACUUGUGCUGUGGGGGAAAACAGACUGUGUGAUUGAACUGAUUAAAGAAUCAUUGGAGAACACUUUGAAUGUUAAUCAAGAUGAUUUAAAUAAGAAUUUUAAAAAGCCCAAGAAGAAAAGAACUGUUACUUUCACUGCUGAAGAGGAUUCUGUGAUUGCCUUGGAUCUGGCUAUGGAUUUGAUAUUGAAAUUAAUGAGCCAGGCUGAUUGCAGAUUGUUGUUGUUAAGUAAACAUAGAGCUGGACUUUAUUUACUGUUGGAUUCCAUGAGUCCUGUUACACAGAAGCUGCAGAGUUUCUUAACUUCGGCUACAGUAGUUGAAUGUGAGGUAGCGGGCCUUGUCAAACUGUAUGCAACUUACCUCCGCCUUGCUGCAUUUACUUGCACCCACACACAGCAAGACAACCUGAAUCUCUCAGAUAACCAAAUGGAUGAUGAGAACAAUGUUAAUGGUGGCAUCAAAGCAAUGCAACUGGCCGUUUCCUGGACUAACAGCUGUGUCGUGCCUAUUCUUCACGUGAAUACUACACAAGAAAAACAAAACUACUGUAUCCAGACAAUAGAAUAUACAUUAAAAGUUUGCAGGGGUCUGUUGAUGAUUGGAGGGUGUGAAGGUCCACUACUAGAUGAAGUUAUUCUGCUAUGCAAGACACUGUUGCAAUCCCCAUUGUCCUUUGUGACGCUGACAUCUGAUUCACUAGCAUGUGUCUACCAGUUUUGUCUGUUCCGUAAACAAGAAGUGCAGGAAAGCUUAAAUGGCUCUGUUCAUUUAUGUGUUAGUCAAUUUUUAAAUUCUCUUUCAAAAAGUUUAACUGAAGAAAAUUCAGAGGAAUUUCAAGCAUUGGGCCAAUUAAGUGAGACAUUUGCAUCAUGGAGCUGUACCAUCAUUGAUAUUAUACUAGAGCUGGUCAGACAAGGUAGAUUUAUGUCAUCAGUGGAUAAAGUAAUGGCUAGUAUUCUUUCAUCUACCUUAAUUGAAACUGCCUGGAUGUCAAAGAACAAAAAUACAGAUAAAAAGCCUGGGUUCACUAGGUUUUUGAUCCCCCUUUUUAAAAAAAGGAUACCAAUAAAGAAAAUGUUUCUCAAGCAUUUCCAAGAGUAUUGCAGUACUGAUAUAUCAGACAUUGAUCAACUCUCUAUUGUCGUCAACAUCAUUGCACUAUUGGAGUCAGGUGAUGUUGAAACCCUGAGAAGAUCCAUUGAAAACAUCCAGUCUGCUGGUUUGGACAAAGAUGCUAAUGAUGAAGCUUUAAGAGAAUUGAAGCAAAAUAUAGAAGGUGUAAUUAGCAAACUGUGAAGGGCAACUAAUCAAACCAAGCAAGUUAUUAUUUUAUUUACAUGUUAUGCUUUGUUCAUUCAAAACAAACUUUUAUUUACAAAUGAAAUUAUAUAUAAAAUAUUUUUGUUGGAAAAUAAAAAUUG